AUGUCAACCAAAUUACAUUCAACAGGAGUCGUUUUGGGAUACAGAAGAUCAAAGGCCACCCAAUACCCAAACAUUUCUUUGGUCAAGAUUGAAGGUGUUGCCACCCGUGAAGACUCAACUUUCUACAUUGGAAAGCGUGUUUGUCUCGCUCGUCGUGUCAAGAAGUCCCCAAAGAACCCAUCAGGACACAAGCUCAUCUGGGGUAAGAUCUCCAAGUCACACGGUAGCUCUGGUGUCGUCCAAGCUCGUUUCCCAAGAAACUUGCCACCAAAGGCUAUGGGUGCCAAGGUUAGAGUUAUGUUGUUCCCAUCUGCCAUCUAA